AUGGUUGACGUCCAAGUCCCAGUUAGCAAAUUAGAAAAACCAUUGAAUUUAACUCCACCUCCUAACAAUCAAAAAAUUCAAUCUGAAGUUUUAGACGAUAUUAUUAGAUUAAUUGAAUCUGCCAAAGAUCCAGUUAUUAUCAUUGAUGCUUGUUGUGGAAGACAUAAUGCUACCCCAGAAGCUCAAAAGUUGAUAGAAUUAACUAAAUUUAAAUUUGCCGUUACACCAAUGGCUAAAGGAUCAAAAGAUAUUGAUGAAAGUGAUCCAAAAUUUAUUGGUUGUUAUGUUGGUGAUUUAUCAUAUCCAAGAGUUAAAGAGUUGGUUGAGAACUCAGAUUUGGUUUUAUCUUUGGGUGCUGUUUUAUCUGACUUUAACACUGGUUCAUUCUCUUAUUCCUUAGAUAAUGCAAAAGUGGUUGAAUUCCAUUCAGAUUAUACUCAAAUUAAGAGUGCCCAAUAUCCAGGUAUCAGAAUGAAAGAAUUAUUGGGUAAAUUAGUCGAAGAUCCAAACUUGAUCAAAACUUGUUCCAAAAUCCCAGCUAAGAAAUUGGUCACUGAUAAUUUUGAACCUUUGGUGUUGCCACCGGACCAUAAACUUACUCAAUCUUGGUUAUGGAGUAAUUUGGGUUCAUGGUUGAAGGAAGGUGAUGUUAUUGUUACUGAAACUGGUACUUCCAAUUUUGGUAUAGUUCAAACCAAAUUUCCAAAAAAUGCUGUUGGAAUUUCUCAAGUUUUAUGGGGUUCCAUUGGUUAUUCAGUUGGUUCUGCUGCUGGUGCGGUUAUUGCUGCUGAAGAAAUUGAUCCAAACCGUAGAGUUAUCUUAUUUGUUGGUGAUGGUUCUUUACAAUUAACUGUACAAGAAAUUUCCACCAUGGCAAGACAUAAGAAUAACAUUUAUAUUUUUGUUUUGAAUAAUAAUGGUUUCACUAUUGAAAGAUUGAUUCAUGGUCCUGAAGCUGUUUACAAUAGUAUUCAAGAAUGGGAAAAUGCAGAAUUAUUGAAAACCUUUAAAGCUACAAAUUAUGAAAGUUUCACUGUCAAGACAGUUGGUGAGCUUGAUAAGGUUUUCAAAGAUAAAAAGUUCGCAGUUAAUGAUAAAAUUAGAUUGGUUGAAAUUAAAUUAGACACUCUUGAUGCUCCAGAGAAUUUAGUUAAACAAGCUGAAAGAUCUGCUAGUACUAAUAAAUAG